GAGUGAGAGAGGUGCACAUUCGACUGGAUCGCUACUCUUGCCAGUCCCGCGGACCCUGCUAUGGACGUCAGGUUCUAUCCGGCUCCCCCCUCCAGCGUGGGUGCGUGCACGUUAACGCCUGACUCCACUUUGGACUAUUACCACUCCAACAAGAGCAGAUACAGCGGUGCAGAUCGAGGCGUGAGGCUCUACAGUUCUCUGCCCAUGCGCCCCAACCCUGACGGCAAGAGACUGCCAUCCUCUGGGUUUGAUGGUGACAACAUGUACAUGAAUGAAAACAGCCAUGAGUUCCUCCCACCCGGCCAGAACUACACGGCUCAGACUGGUGGCGGUAGUGGCAGCAACGGUGGAGGAGCGGGAGGCAGCGGCGGAGGCAAUGGUGGCGGUAGCGGCGGCGGGGGACCGGCCAGUGGCAACGGAGCUGGGGACGAGGACUACGAGAUUCCUCCCAUCACUCCGCCCAACCACCCGGAGCCUCCACUCCUACACCUGAUGGAACAUGACUCCACGGGCUACCUCUGCCACUCGCUGUCCCACAACGGACUCAUCAACCCUUAUUCCUACCCGGAGCUGCCCACUCUCAUGAUGUCCAACAUGCUGGCGCAAGACGGCCAGCUGGUCUCCGGACAGAUGCCCUCGAUGCACGAGAUGGCUUUGCACCGCCACCACCACCUCCACCAACAACAGCAACAACACCAUCACCACCACCAGCAGCACCACCCGGACGGCGUUCGUUACGACCCCGCCCGUAACCACCCCCUGAUUAACCGCUCGACUCCGAUACGAUCCAACCCAAUGAGCGCGCUGUCCCAGCUGAAUCCUCAGCUGGGUCGGAGCUCGCUUCCCCACGGUUCUCCCUCGCCUCCCGGAAGCAAAUCGGCCACACCUUCCCCCUCCAGCUCAAAUCAGGAGGAGGAGACUGAUCCUCAUUCAAAGAUGACCGGUGAAAAACGGCCAUCUUCCGAGAUGAUGAAGCCUAAGCCCAAACCACAGAAGAAAAAGAAGAAGAAGGACCCCAACGAACCAACCAAGCCCGUGUCCGCGUAUGCGCUAUUUUUCAGGGACACCCAGGCGGCCAUCAAGGGGCAGAAUCCAAACGCCACAUUUGGUGAUGUAUCCAAGAUUGUGGCUUCCAUGUGGGACGGGCUCGGAGAGGAGCAGAAACAGAACUACAAGAGGAAAACAGAGGCAGCUAAAAAGGAGUACCUGAAAGCCUUGGCUGCCUACAGAGCCAGUCUCGUUUCCAAGACCUACAACGACCCCGUGGAGCCCAAAAGUGCCCAAACAAGCCAAGCGUCUCCUCACAUGCUGCCCGCCAACCCCUCUCUGUACAGCGUGCCGCCCCCUCCCCAGCCUUCGUCCCCUUACCUGGGACCGGGGGCCUUCCCCCUCGCCGACCUGCAGAGCUACGCCGGCCACGCCCCCCGCCACGCCCUCUCGCAGACGCUCAGCCAAUCGCAGAUGCUGCCCAGCAUUAGUGCCUCUCCGCCUUCCUCCUUCCAAAUUAGCCCGCCGCUCCACCCCCACCAGCAGCUGUCCCUGCACCAGAGCUCGCUGCUCAACCAGCCAAUCCGCAUGCAGCAGGUCCAGUCCCAGCCAAUCAUCUCUCACCAGAUGGGCCUUCAGGCCUCCCUUCACUCCCCGCCUCCGGGCCAGCAGGGCUUUCCCCACCUCCAGUCCGAGUAUCAGAAGAGCAUUGGGGGACCCCAGUCUCCAGGAGGGUCCGGGGGUCCGGGUCCGGGAGUUGCUCCGGGCCACGAAUGGGAUGGAGAAUACUGCAAUCGGGAGUGCGGCAACCACUGCAGCAGCAGCAGCAGCAUGAUAGGCAGGGACAAGCCCCUCUACCUCACCUGAACCCCGACUGGGACGUCAAACGCAGCCACCAAUUGGCUCGACCGACCAUCUCCUCUCUCCCUUCCCUUCUCCCUUACAUACGUGUACAUACGUGUACUUAAACAUACAAACAUGCCGCUCCACGCCAUCGUUUCCUCUCGUGAUGGGACUUUUUGGGAGGGACCGGGUGAGGGGCGGGGCGAGGAGGUAGGGGCCAAUUCAUGUAUAAGCACUUACGCGAGGCCCCCAUCACCCACUUCCGGUCGCUUUGUGGCAGGCAAGGACGGGUUAUGGACUGCUUGUCCUUUUGUCCCCUCAGGGACCCCAUCCAGCUUUAAUUAGAGAUACUUUGUUGUUGGUGUUGUUGUUGUUGUUGUUACUCAUUUUAUUUAUUUCUGCCUUGCUUUUCCCCACCACCUUUGCUCUCAGAAGAUAUUUACUUCCACUUCUACGUUUGUUUUUGCUUAAAGGGGACAUAUUGUGGUCAUAUUUGACUUUUUAAUGGUUGGAUACAAAGGGUUGGGUCUCUGGAGUGCCUGUCCACCCAUCAAGUGUGAAAUUAAACGAUCGAAUGAAUCUUAAUGUUAUGCCUAUUUUCAAAAAUCUGCCUGAGCGAGCCCUUAAAGCACGUCUGCCCCACUGUGAUGUCACAAAGGGGCUAAUUUGCAUAUUAAUCAUCCCAACAUCAAAUAACUCCACCAAUGAUGUAGCAGAUUAGCAUUAGCACACAUUAGCUUCUUACACAUAAAAAAUGCUGGGUCGUUUCCGAACCCGCUCGCUUGGCAGCUUUGAAUUUUGAGUUGGUUGGAUUAGCUAAGGUUGGGUUAAUUAUUUUGCCUUAUCUGAUUGGGAUCAGGAUUGGAUUUAGUUUACUUUUAAACCAGCAGUUUUAAGAGUGAACAUAGCAUGGCAAGAAAUGUACUAUAAAAAUGUGCUGUAAAAAUCUGUAAUUAAAUAUUUUGUAAAAAGCUGAGAAUUCUCCCUUCUUGGGAUACACCUGAGACCCAUUUAAAAUUGUGGGGAAAAUGCAUCAUAUGUCUCCUUUAAGGCCCGUUAAUUGUUCCCUCCUCCCC